AACAGUUCAAUUUGGACGACUGAACAAAACAGUCGCAAUCACUAAACCGGUCUGAUAAUAGGCGGAAAAAAAGUAAGUGAUGCUGUUCAAACUGCUCGCAACCACCGUCGUCCUGCUGGCGUCCAUUCCUCACGGAUUGACGCAAAGCUUGAACGAACCGUGCACCAAUCCUCACGGCCAACCCGGCCGCUGCGUAUUCCUUCGGGAGUGCCAACCGCUGCUGGACAUCUACCGGCGAGACAACGUUUCGUACGACGAGAGUGAGUUCUUCUACGGCAGCCGCUGUUCCGGCCAGUUCGAGGGGAAACCGCUGCUGUGCUGCUUCCCGGCACCGGCAAACUCCUCCGCCAGCCUGCCGCGAGCCCCGUCCGACUGUGGGCUGGCCCCGCCGGAACGGAUCGUCGGUGGCCACGAAACCACCCUCGGUGAGUUCCCCUGGAUGGCGCUGCUAAUGUACCGCGGCCCGAGACGCGAGCUUCAGCUGAGUUGUGCCGCCACGCUGAUCAACUCGCGGUACCUCGUCACGGCCGCCCACUGCAUCAAGCAGGUCCCGGCCGAAUUGACGCUCAGUGGAGUUCGUCUCGGCGAGCAUGACAUCACCAACGACGAGGAACGAGACUGCGAUCAGCACGGCUGUGCGGAUGUUCCGGUAGAGGUUGGCAUUGAGAAGGUGAUCGUGCACGAGCAGUACAACGCGACGGAACGCGGUCAGUACAACGAUAUCGCGCUGAUCCGGCUGGAUCGGGACGUGGGCUUCUCGGACUACAUCGAUCCGGUUUGUUUGCCCGUUGAGGACAGUGUGCGGAAGAUGGACCAUACGGGGCUGAAGGCCGUCGCGGCCGGAUGGGGCAUUACGGAAACAGGUGAAGGAAGCGACGUCAAGCUGAAAGUAACCCUGGACGUGCUCGAUCACAAAAAGUGCGUCGACGUGUACAGAUCGUCGCGAGUGGCGCUACGCGACACUCAGCUGUGUGCCGGCGGAAAAGAGGACAAGGACACCUGCAGGGGCGAUUCCGGCGGCCCGCUGAUGCGUUCCGUGGACGGGAAUUACUACCUGAUUGGGGUCAUCAGCUGGGGAGCGACCCAGUGCGGAACCAAGGGCAUCCCGGCGCUCUACACGAACGUGGCCAUGUUUGUCGACUGGAUCGAGAACCACUUGGAGUAAACUAAUUGAAAGUCAAAAACGCUUACUGUAAAAUGUCAUAUUAUUUUUUCGUAUAAAAACUUAUAAAUUUAAA